UUGCUGAUGAAAACAUUAACCGAACAUCUUAACGCUAUUUGAUUUCAUUUUAGGCACAGUCAGUUGACAUCACUCAGUCUUAAAUAGAAAUGGCUCCACCUUUAAGAUGGGCGGUCGCCUAGCAGAACGGAUAGCCUACAUGCCGCCUAGCCUAUAUAAAACCAGCUUGGCUAUGAUGCUAAGAUCCAGUAAACGUUAGAGAGACUACACGCGAGAAGGUUACAGAUCUUCCAAGCGCUGACCAAGAAAACUAGGCUACGAUUUUUCAGGUGACAGGAGGCAUCGCUGAGAGAUGAGUAAGGACCUCGACGUCGAAAUGAAGGAUGUGGAACUGAACGAGGUGGACCAGGAGAAGCAGCCCAUGACCGACGGAGAGGCCGGGAACGGGGACGGUAUUUCCCCGACCAGCACGGAGAAAAACGGCAUUGUGAAGGUGAAGAUCCCGGAGGAUGAGGCGGCGGUGAAGUUCACCGGGCUCAGCAAAGAGGAGCUCCUGAAAGUGGCCGGAACUCCCGGGUGGGUCCGGACGCGGUGGGCCCUGCUGGUGCUGUUCUGGCUCGGGUGGCUCGGGAUGUUGGCCGGAGCCGUCGCCAUCAUCGUCCAGGCCCCGCGGUGCAAGCCGCUGCCCAAAAUGAACUGGUGGAACGAGGGACCUCUGUACCAGAUCGGCGACGUGGCCGCGUUUACCGGGGGCAAUACCCUGAAAGGACUGGCAGAGAAGAUGGAAAGCCUGAGCCAGCUGAAGGUGAAGGGAUUGGUUCUCGGGCCCAUCCAUGUGUCCGACAUGGACCAAUCAGAUAGCCUCAGUUUCACAGAAAUCGCACCAGGCGUGGGAACCCUGGAGGAAUUCAAGUUUCUGAUCAAAACUGCACAGAAAAAGAAUAUUGCGGUGGUUUUGGACCUGACCCCCAACUACAAGGGCCGUGAGCCGUGGUUCGCCAACGGCAGCGUCACCGAUGUGGCAGAGAAGCUGAAGCCGGCGCUGGUCUACUGGCUGAAGGAAGGGGUGGACGGGGUGCAGCUGUCCGGGGUGGAGCGCCUGGUCACCGUGGUGCCGAACCAGUGGGCCGAUAUCCGAGCCAUCGUGCAGAACGGAACCACGGACGGCAAGGAGAAGGCUCUCUUCGGGGUCACGGAAGAGGGGUCGGUGGCGGAGGUGUCCCGCCUGCUGAACAGCUCCGGGGUGGACCUGCUGAUGUCGGGGGUCCUGCGGUCCAGUCUGACCGGGGUGGACCGGGCCGAGGCCCUGCAGCACCUGUACGCCCAGAACCAGAUGUCCGUGGCCUGGACCAUGGGAGACCGCCGGCAUGGCCACCUGGCCUCCCUGGUCAGCCCCAAGAUGCUCACACUCAACCAGAUGCUGCUGUUCACCCUGCCCGGCACGCCCGUGUUCAACUACGGAGACGAGAUCGGGCUGGAGGAUGAGAAGGACACGUUUCCCAAGAUGCUUUGGGACUCGCCGGGCACUGCGGAUGCGGCAAACAGUACUGAAAAAGAUAGGGAGUCGAUUCGUUCGUUCUUCCAGAAGCUGAGCGAGCUGCGUGGGAAGGAGCGGUCGCUGCUGUACGGAAGCUUCCGGGUCCUGCACAACUCCACUUCCUGUCUGGGGUACCUGCGCCAGUGGGACCAGAGCGCGGGCUACCUGGCCGCCUUCAACUGGGGGGCGGAGUCUGCGUCCCUGAGCCUCGCCCACGCGUCGCUCCCGGCAACGGCAACCGUAACCCUGAGCACGGACACCGCGGCGUUCCCCAAGGACAGCAGUGUGAAGCUGGCUGCCCUGGAGCUGGGGUCGGGCCAGGCUGUGCUGCUGCAGUACCCUUACACUGCCUGAGGGGGCCGCCAAAAACCAGGAAUCAACAUUUACAUGCACGUUGAUUGCUGUAAUGGUGGCUAGAAUCUGUGUUAUCAAUAGAAAUGCAUGUAACAUUAAAAUCAAAUGACUUUUUUUUUUUGUUCCAAGAUGUCAUCAUGCAACACUGUGAUGUGAAGUAUUACUGUAUUUGAAGACACACACACACAUGCACACUGGAUUUUGUACACUGGCAUUUUCAUUUUCUCUGUGACAGUUUUAAAGCGACAGUCUGCCUGGGACUGCCCCCCCCCCCCACCUCACCUCUCUCUAAGGGCUCUUUCCAAUCGCUUAUUUUACCUCCUGCGUCCUUUCCUCACUUCCUUGGCUCCACCGAGCGGCCGACGCAGGGACAGGACUCUGAUGGAGGAGUCGAGGUGGCACGCAUUAUCAGCGUCAGUUUGAAGCCACGUCAGUUACAGAUGUGGCAGCUACAGAUGUGGCAGUUGCAGAUGUGGCAGUUGCAGAUGUGGCAGCUACAGAUGUGGCAGUUGCAGAUGUGGCAGUUGCAGAUGUGGCAGCUACAGAUGUGGCAGUUACAGAUGUGGCAGUUGAGGAUCCACAUACGGAUCGUUUAUAGGUCGCGCGUUCCAAAAAAAAAAGAUACUUCCGCAAAGGACGCACUCGUGUGUCCUCGCUGAAGCAUCCUCCAGGUGCCUCCUCGCUCCUCCUUGUGGAAAGGAGGGUCCUUAAAGAUGGCCGACCUUGAUGGCUAUCCGGGUCAGGCGAGAGUCGCGGAGACUGGGACGGGUAAAAUGAGCGACUGGAACGAGCCCUCGGGCGGGAUAUGAGCCUUCCUCCUUCGUCUUCUCACUGCUGUGUCUGUGAAACACGUUCCCUUAGUCGUGAAUAAUGAGACCCCUUCCCUCUGCUUCUCCCUGAAUGAGCGGAUGUGGGGUGCAGCUCUAAAAAUGAAGCAGAAGUUAAUGUGCCUGUUCACCCACAGGGAGAGAGAUGGAUCCUCUGUCUCUCUCUCUUUCACCCUCUCUCCAUCAUGAGAAAUAAACAGCCUGAAACUAA